AUGGCCAAGCUCUCGCCGCUCCUUUUCGCAUUCGCGCUGCUCUGCAGCCUCUCCUCGCUGCUCGUCGCGGGCCAGGUCGAGAACGACGACCCGCGCGGCAAGGUGCUGUUCGUCAGCGAGCCGUCGUGCGACUCGUGGCGGUGCCAGGUCAAGUGGCGGCAGGGCACCAAGCACCGGGUCAACUGGUUCAACCCGCCCCGGGGCAAGGUUUCGAUCAAGCUGGUGCCGCAGGAGGGUACGACGGGGCUCAAGGAGUACACGCUCACCCCCAGCGUGUCGGGCAAGCACCACGGCGACAAGUGCGACCGCGGCGAGCAGAAGGACGUGCCGUGCGGCAUGUUCUCCUGGACCGUUCCCCUCGACACUGUGCCGGGUCAGUACAUGAUUGAAGUCGCCUCGCUCAAGCACCCGGACCUCGUCGGAUACACCGACACCGUCGUCAUCACCAAGGCCAGGAAGAACAAGAGCAGGCGCUCCCAGGGCGCCGUCGGCCAGAGGCUGCACGAGAGGCGCAGCGAGGACCCCUGGGACGCCGCCGACAACCAGCCGCCCAUCGAUGGUGAAUAG